AUGUUUUCACAAAUUUACAAAAUUAUGCAUUACUGUGUUGAGAACAUAAUGUCAAUCAAUAAUGUUAAUUUGAUUCAAUACCGGAAAAGUUUUACAAUAACUAUCCACUUUUGUUUGGCAAUCAGAAGUACAAGCCAUAAUGCAAGCAUGCAAUUGUGUAGACAAAACAAGAAUAUGAAAUUUGUCGUCAUUAUGAGUGCUGGCUUAUUCCACUUCGGCUUAAAUAUUAUCGUCAAAAAAUAUUCGGAAAAUAAACGAAAGAAAAUGAAGAACGAAACGAAAUCAAUCAAAGGAAAUAUG